GCCUUUAGAUUUUUCUCCAGAGAAGGCAAAGACAGGGCAAAUUUUAGAGAUCAGGCAGCAAGGAUGCUCUGCAAUAGCAGUAACAACGAUCCCCUUCCCUGCACAAAACUGGAAGCUAUUGACUAUUCAUGGCAAAGCGUCCAAAGCGCAGCGGCAGAGCCUGUGGAAAAUGACAGCGUGUAACAAGAUUGACUGGCAUUUCCUUCGCGCUGGGUCACAUGCCUCCUAAUUCACACACACACACACAAAACCUCAUAGGCUGAUCAAAUGACUUCUAUCUCUGCAGUCCGCAUACCUUCCACGAAAAGAGUUGGUUUAUUAUGCACGUAUACAGCUCUGUUUUCAAUCAGUCACCUUGAGUGAAUGACUGAGGGCCAGUGUUUGCUCCAUCCGGAGGUCUCUGCGUUUGCUCUCUAAGCGGCAUAGUCUCCCUCCGCUCUCACCUGAACUUUUGCCGCCUGUUAUAUGCUGUUGGGAUAUCCAUAAGAGAUUGCCCAGGAAUGGUGGAUCACUUGCUGCCUACUGAUGAAUCCUUUUCAUCUACAAGAUCUUCUCUUGGAUACUUUGGGGACAUGACAGCAGGGGUGAGGUCCUACCAAAUGCUGCCCUCUCCCCUGUCGGAAGAUGACAGCGACUCGUCCAGCUUUUGUUCUUGUUCCAGCCCUGACUCCCAGGUUCUCAGCUCCAGCUAUGGAAGCACGUCCAGUGCAGAAAGUCAGGACAGUAUCUUAGACUACUUAUUGUCCCAGGCAUCUUUGGGGAACACUGCUGCGUCAUGGUGGGACAAAAGGAGACUUCAGCCGAUAGUGAAAGAGGAGUACUUUAGGUUGCCUGAAUUUGCCGUGGAUAUGGAAGACUCUGGACCAUUUCAGCCCACGCUUGAGGAAAUUGAGGAAUUUCUGGAGGAGAACAUGGAGUUGGAGCUCAAAGAAAGACCUAAAAGUGAGACCAAGGACUUGAGAGCUUGCAGCCAAGUUUCUGUUGCUUCGCUACAGCAAAAAGACCAUAUGUUACCCAGCGCUGGUUUAAAAGAGAGUAAAAAUGAACAGUUGAGCAGCUCAACAGAAGGUGGCCAAGCUUCAAAUGGAGGAAUGUCCCUGGAGAAUGGGAUACCGGUUAUGCUCCAAAUUCAGCCUGUACAGAUCAAACAGGAGUCCAACACGAGCCCUAGUUCCCAAGGACCAGCACAAGAGAACAUUAAAAUUGCACAGCUCCUAGUCAACAUCCAAGGACAGACAUUUGCCCUUGUGCCUCAGAUAGUUCAGUCAUCCAAUUUGAACUUGUCCUCUAAAUUUGUCCGCAUUGCUCCCGUCCCCAUCGCUGCCAAGCCAAUUGGACCAGGAGGCAUGAUCCAGGGUCAGACAGGAAUCAUCAUGGGUCAGAAAUUUCAAAAGAACCCUGCAGCAGAACUCAUUAAAAUGCACAAAUGUUCUUUUCCUGGUUGUACCAAGAUGUACACGAAAAGCAGCCAUUUGAAAGCCCACCUGAGGAGGCAUACAGGAGAAAAGCCUUUUGCGUGCACGUGGCCAGGUUGCGGAUGGAGGUUCUCCAGGUCAGAUGAGCUGUCCCGGCACAGGCGCUCCCACUCAGGGGUGAAACCCUAUCAGUGCCCUGUCUGUGAGAAGAAGUUUGCGCGAAGUGACCACUUGUCCAAACAUGUCAAGGUGCAUCGGUUCCCACGAAGCAACCGCUCCGUCCGCUCCGUGAACUGAUUGGUCCCGCUUUGCCCUUCCCGCCCAGCCAUCCUACAACAGCUGAUGACAGCACUUUGCUCACUAUAUUUGUAGUGAUAAUUUAUUUGUCUCCACAGAACAGUCAAUGCUGUUACUUGAUGCCACCAUGUCUGAGUGUCCCAUGUCCUUUAAAGAUGAUUUGAGAAUGAAGUUCUUUUUGGGUCAAGGGAGGGGGUGCUUCUUCCUUUUUGUCUUUUUUUUUUUUUUUUAAGGAUGUUAUUUUCAUUUCCUUCUAUCUUUCCCUCCUUUGCUGCUCCUUCUUUUGGAAAUUACAGUGUUUUAUUUUUAGCUGUUUUCUGCUGCACAGGAAAAUGUAAGAGUUGCUUGCUGCUAGUUAAUUAUAGCCCUGGCAUUCCUAAGGGCUUUGCUCAUGUACAGGCCAUUCAUUGUGAGUUUUUAUUAAGCUGCUCUAUUUGUCCAGUUUGGAAACAGCAAAUUCCUUUUGAAAUGAAAACAACUCCUUUGUUUUUGGGUCGCCUGAGCCAAGGAUUUGUAGGGGCUGGCCAUAGGAGGAGGAACAGUGGGAGUCGGGGACAGGGGGAGGCAAGGCAUGGAGAGUGCUGGAAUGCGCCUCUCUGCCUCUCUGACUUCUCCAGCUCACAUUUACCUCUUCCUUGGCCAGGGCUAUCUAUAAAUAUUUAUGUAUAUAUAUUCAUACAUGCAUAUAUAUAUAUAUUUAAGCAGAGGCAUGUCCCAAGCAAACCUGGAAGCUCAGGCAGGGUGCAAUGGCUUGGAGUGGAGCCUUUUGGUGUGGCUGAGUGCAUACCGUGUGCAUGCUUCUCCUGUCCUGUGCUGCCGUGGGGGUGAAGGGAUGCCCGUGCAUCGAGGGAAAUGCUGCUUUCCUUUGACCGCUUUGCAGCAUCCACUGUCUUUAGCAGAAGAGCUGUUGUCUGGUGUGUAAAACAGCAGGAAGCCAUUUUUUGAGAAUGGCUGAGCUCUGUUCCUGUCUCUGCUCCUGUUCUCCUGCAUGAUCUUGGGGGAGAAACCAGAGCGCCAGCCCUGGAGGUGCCCGGUGGCCCUGGUGAGCACCGGGCAUACCGAGCAUCCACUGCGAGUCAACGCCUCGCUGGCUGGAGCUAAGUCUCCAUUUGUCCACUGGUCGGCAGGGUCUUGUGGGAUGUACCUGGACCCAGGGGAGGGUGGGAGGCAUCGUGGCCUGGUGGGACCGCACCAUGAGAUCUUCUGUCCAAGGGUGAUGUUCAGUGCUAAUCCUCUCCUUCCCGACAGCCAUGUCAGAGCUCCGUGCAGCUGGGGUGGGCGAAUGGGUGAGAACAGUAGCCAAAAGGAAAAAAUUUGUGUGGUAGCUGGCUAAGAAGGGAAUUUAAACAAAUAAUCAGAUGGUAGCAGGCAAGUGAUUUUGUUUGUGUUUCUUCUUCUUGUUUUGUUUUUCCUUUUGAACUCUGGCGAUUGCAAGAAGCUUUAGAAGAAAAUAGAAUUCAGUAAUUAGGAACAAUUUUAUAAUGGAUGUUGCAUUUCCUUUCCAUUCGCAGACAGCAUCUGUUUGUCUUUUUGUUGGCAAAAUGGGAAAUAGGAAACUGCGAUUCUAGCGCUAGGCAGAGCAGGAGCCUGUGCUGUGCAAGAACAGCAGGUCUAGCUAAAGCGAAUGCAUUCCUUUUGUCCUCUAGAAAUUAAUAUAAAUGAACUAUCAUCUAUUGACUGGUUUAUAUCACAUCCUAUGAAUGUAUGUAAAUAAAACUGUACAUAGAUGCAUAUCUAUAUAAAAUAUCUUUUAAUAACGUAUCAAAAUUUGUGUAAAUUGGAAACAAAAAUACCUAUAAAGCCAGUGUACAUAAGUUACAAUUCUGUAUAUUUUCUUUUGUUCUUCAUAAAAAUAUAUUUACUUUGACAAUAAAAUGAAAAUGGAAAUUUUAAA